UUCGACUGGGUAAAGCAUCUACAAUGGUAACUUCAUCGCGGUCAUUUCUGUCUCACUAACAUCUGAGAAACCCUAAACUUCAAAAUUGAUUUCAAAUCACUCUAUCAGAAGCUCAUUGCUUGUUCAACCAGAAUUUGAGCUCAACAAUUAGCUCCUGGCUAUCGUUCUCGAAGUUUCACCGCCGGUAUUUGGAACCAACGUGAUACAUGAGCUGUUUGCUUCCUGAAAUCAAAAUUCAGUUUUCAGUUAUCGUUUUCACAAUUGAUUAUGGUGUUGGAGAGAGGCAAAAAAGGAAACCAAAAUUUGGGACUGAUGGGCAAUUCAUGUGAGGAAGAGUAUAAUGCAUUCUUGGAGAAGGUUAAAAGGACAAUUUAUGUGGAUAACUUGGCACCCCAAGUUACUGAAUCUGUGGUGAGAACUGCUUUUAAUCAGUUUGGGUAUGUGAAGAGUGUUCAGUUCAUCCCCGUUUAUCUCGAACCCAAGAAAGCGGCACAAUCUGCUCUUGUGGAGAUGGAAAACCCAAAACAGGCCGCGGGUAUCAUUGAGGAGAUGGGGAAAUUACCUUUCAUGAUAUUAGGGAUGCCACGGCCUGUCAGGGCGUCUGCUGCUCGACUGGAGAUGUUCGAUGAUCGUCCCAGGAAGCCAGGACGCAAAAUCAUUUGUCGUUGGUUGGACCCGAAGGAGCCUGAGUUCGAGGUAGCGAAGAAACUCAAGGCUGCAGUGGGAAGACAUGCUGCAGAAGCAUUAACAGUGCUCGAGGCGCAACGAGCAGAGGAAGAGAAACUUGCAAACCAGCAAAAGGAGAUAUUGAAAUCACAUUACAACAAGUAUGAACUGUUGCAGACAGUCAUUGAAGACGGAAGUGCUAAACGUUUGGGACGACAAUAUGAGAUGCCCCUUUCAGAUGCAUGAUCGUUGGGUCUGUGUCAUGUUCUAUGUAGACAAUUUAGGGAGUAAGGAAACCUUGUAGUGAUAUGUUUAUUCCAAAAUCCCCUAUAAAUUAUUUGGAUUUUCUCUUCUGACAAUGUUGCUUAUGUAUACAUUAGCUCCAUUUAACCAAAGUUUUUACUAUGUUUGUGGGAUGAAUCUCCUGCAGAGGCUAUGUAAAUUCUUAUUAUAUGAGAUAAGUGAAAUUCAAGUCUCUAAUAGUCUCCUUGCAAA